AUGGAAGAUUCAACACAAGGAAAUGACAAGGUUCAGGGAAGAGGUAUCGAAAAAUAUGAGAAAUGGACGUGGAAAGAAAGCAAUGAGCUUUUAGAACUCAUGGUUGAUGCUGCCACGCGUGGUUGGCAUGAUAGUAAUGGUGUGUUAAGCAAAAUAACUUCUCAUCCCGAAGAUAAAAGUUAUCGAACAGACACUUUUCCAGACUAUGAAGAUUUGAGAAUUGCAGUUGGAAGUGGGACAGCUAUUGGAACACACUCAAUUGCAUUACGGGAUGAUACUGAUGCAAGAACAUGUUAUACUAAAGAAAGAAGAGUUAGUGACGGUUUAAUAGACGACUUCAUGUAUGAUCCUGAUACAGAAGCAUUUAUAGUAACCGAUAAACAAGAUCCUAUAAGUUCAGAGGUUUUCCAAUCAAUUCGAAAACGAAGUAGAACAGAAUUUGAAGCAAAAUCUACUUCAUUUGAGCCUAAAAGUACUCAAUUGGACAUCAUAGACAAACUUGCUAGUACAGUUGACAAGAUCACCCAAGCAAUUGAAUCAAUUGACACUAGAGAGCCUAAUUGUUGGAACAUUAUCAAGGAGAUCCCAAACUUGGAUGAUAAUGAUCGUUUCAAGUUCCUUGAUUUGCUUAAUACAAAAGCAAAAAACAUACAUGAAGAUCAUGAAAAACAGGUGGAUGAGAUAGAAGAAGAUGACUAUAAGGAAGCAUUAUAUGAAACCAUUCGGUACUUAUGGAUGACAAUUCAAGCAAUUCUCUACGAUUAUAUUGGAGCCAUUGAUGGUACCCAUAUUCCAGCAAUGAUAACUGGACGUGAUACAAGCAGUUAUAGAAAUCAUCAUGGAACAAUUUCUCAAAAUAUUUUGGUCGCUUGUAACUUUGAUUUGGAAUUUACAUAUGUGAUUAGUGGGUGGGAGGAAUAA